UAAAAAUUAAUAAUAACGUUUAAUAUGGCUAAUUUGAUUUGAUCACUUUUAGGUUGGUCAUAAUGACCAACCUAAAAGUGAUUUGAGUUGUCAACAAUAAACUGUCAAAAAAAUUAUGUCUUAACCUCACUUUUGGAAUUAAUAGGUUUAGCCAUACAAUCCCUUUGAUGUUAAACGCCGUAAUUAAUCCACAAGAAACCAAAUCGUUAGUUAGUUCAUUUAAUAGUUGUUGGGGUUGGUUAUUAGCGUUUGGUAUAACAAAAAGUUUUUUGCUAAUUCAAGAAGGAAUUGGCCCAGAAGGUGCGUUUUUUAUUUAUGUGGGAUUUAUCUUUUUGGGCGCACUAUUUAUUCGGAGGUUGGUCAUAAUGACCGUGAGUUGUCAACAAUAAGCUGUCAAAAAAAUUAUGUCUUAACCUCACUUUUGGAAUUAAUAUUUAUUUAGAAACGUAAAAAAUGUGGUUUUUAACGAUAUUAACGUAUUUUGCGUUUCUUAUACAAAUCGUUUUCGCUACCGUUUCAAUUGCGAGUGCUCUCUAUUAUUUAGCCGAAUUGGUUGAAGAGUACACCGUAGCGGCUAAAAAAUGCGUUUGGUGGAUGAAUUCGUCGGUGUUGAUUGUAUACGUUUUAUUUGGAAUUUUCGAAAAUUUUCCUUAUACGAUGAUAUUAAGUGGGGUGGCAGCUCAAAUUGUCCACUUUGUGAUAUUAAUAGACUUCCCCUAUGUUACUUUAACAUCACCAGCGUUUAUUUUAGGAGUGAUUUUUAUAAUUCUUAAUCAUUACCUUGCUUUUAGUUAUUUCGCAAGUGUUUAUCACUCAUUUUCUGAGGUAUUAGCUUAUUUUACGUUGUGUUUGUGGUUGGUGCCCUUUGCUUUGUUCAUUUCGUUGUCGGCGAACGAAAAUGUUUUGCCCACCACUACAGAUCAAGGGAGGGACGUUGUUACGAAUUAUUUUUCGAAAAAAGGUAAAAAAUAUAGUUUAUUGAGUUUCUUUAACUUUGCAAAAGAAACUUUGUUACCUCAACGUGUUAAAAAAGGUUUUUAAUUAAGAAAACUAAGUUAUUUAUUAAAUUUUUCCUUUGUAAAUAGUAGUUGUGGUUUGUACUGUUUAUAUAAAUCAAUAAAAUUUGAAAAAAAAUGGUUUAAAAAAAAAUCAAAGUUAACAAAGAAA